AUGGACAGUACAUUGCACAGUCUUUUGGGUAUAAAUCGAUUUCUUCUGGAGCGGUUAGGACAGUGGCCGCACCAAAGUGAACUUAACAAAAUAUGCAGCUUCAUAAGCGCUGUUUUUUUUCUUUUUACUCAAGUUCUCUUUCAGGUAUUUUAUAAAUUUUUUCGGAUUACCGGCGGGAUGAUUGCUGCUUCGUGUGACAUGCCAGUAUUUUUGGAAUCGAUACCACCAGUUUUAGUGAGCUUUGUGUGUCUUAUUAAAUUCACUAAUUUUAUUAUCAACGCUGAAAAGAUGAAGAAGCUUCUUAAUACUAUGGAUUAUGAUUGGAAGACAAUUAAUGAUCCAGAAGAAAAAAGAAUUUUACAUUUUUGGGCGACAAGAAGCAGAAAAUAUAGUGCAGUUUGUGGAUCGAUGGUCCCCUUCAUGCUGAGCCCAGUAGUGCCAAUGAUAAUCAGACUUUUUCCCGAAGAAUUGAUAUCUCCGAACAACAGCAUCGCGUUGAUAAGACCAUUGAUGUUCCGCGUAGACUAUUUUCUCAACAUAGAUAAAUACUAUCAUUUAAUAGUUUUUCACUCGAUAUUCGGUACACUGGCCUAUAUCACCGUAGCCGCUGGCAUAGACUCGAUGUUUUUGGUUUAUGUGCAGCACGCGUGCGCAAUGUUCCACAUUAUCGGUUUUCCACACAGACAUCGAGUAAGCCAUCUGUCGGACGACGACAACAUUGAUAUUGACUUCAAGCCUCACAUAUUGAAUGACAAACCUUACCAACAGAUGGUCAAGUGUAUCAUUGAGCACAGUAAGACUCUUGAAUUCUCACAAACGAUCGAAUCAGCAAACACAAUGUCAUUUUUUCUCCAAUUGGGAAUGAAUAUGAUCACUAUCAGCUUCACUGGAUUUCAAGUUGUAUCAACAUUGGAUGAGCCAGGAAUAGCUUUCAGGAAUGCAGGGUUCUCAAUUACGCAAACGUCAAUUCUUUUUUUCGUCAGUUGGCCGUCACAAAGAUUAGCGGAUGAAAGUGUCAAAGCAUGUCUGGCUACAACAAGAGCUGCUUGGUACUUGACUUCGAGUAAAACACGACAGUUGCUUCAAUUAUUUAUCAUGAGAAGUGCAGUUCCUUGUCAAUUGACGGCCGGAAAAUUUUAUCUUUUGAACAUGCAAAAUUUCAGCGCAGUCGUUAAAACAUCUGUUUCGUAUAUGAUGAUCCUUCUUUCCACGCAG